AUGGCUGGACGUCUGCCUGCGGUCUGCGCGUUGAUCCUGAUUCUGGGUGCAAUUGGCUGCUCAGAUGCACAACCAGUUAUAGAUUUCUAUUUUGGCUGCCCUGCUCCUCGGUAUGCCAACAAUCCAGACUUCUGUGCCAGAGCCACGUUUCUCAUCUGCAAAGACCAAAAUCACCCUGGUGUGUGCCCUCGUCCACAGUACGCCAAAAAUCCAGAGUUCUGUGCCACAGCUAGGUUUGCCAUUUGCGGCCAUGACAGUCAAUGCAAGAACCAUGAGAAAUGCUGCUCUAAUGGAUGUGCUCGAGUGUGCACGUCAGUGAUUCAAGAUCACCCUGGUGUGUGCCCUCGUCCACAGUACGCCAAAAAUCCAGAGUUCUGUGCCAGAGCUAGGUUUGCCAUUUGCGGCCAUGACAGUCAAUGCAAGAGACAUGAGAAAUGCUGCUAUAAUGGAUGUGCUCGAGUGUGCACGCCGGUGAUUCAAGAUCACCCUGGUGUGUGCCCUCGUCCACAGUACGCCAAAAAUCCAGAGUUCUGUGCCACAGCUAGGUUUGCUACUUGCUCCGAUGACAGUCAAUGCAAGAGACAUGAGAAAUGCUGCUCUAAUGGAUGUGCUCGUGUGUGCACGCCGGUGAUUCAAGAUCGUCCUGGUGUGUGCCCUCGUCCCCAGUACGCCAAAAAUAAAGACUUCUGUGCCACAGCUAGGUUUGCCAUUUGCGCCCAUGACAGUCAAUGCAAGAAACAUGAGAAAUGCUGCUAUAAUGGAUGUGCUCGUGUGUGCACGUCGGUGUUUCAAGAUCACCCUGGUGCGUGCCCUCGUCCAACCUAUUGUGGCAAUCCGCGCAUAUGUCCUGCAGUUAUUUUUCCUAGUUGCUCCCAUGAUAGUCAAUGCAAGGAGCAUGAGAAAUGCUGCGAUAACGGAUGUGCUCGUGUGUGCAUGUCAGCAGAGAAAGUCAAGCCUGGAAAGUGCCCGAUGUAUCAUUUGAGAAGGAGAGUUUGUCCUCUCAAUGUGAGACCUGAGUGCCUUUCUGACUAUGACUGUCCCUGGAGUCAUAAAUGCUGCAGGGAUAAUUGUGGACCGCGGUGUGUCAAACCACUCGGAGUCAAGGAUGGAGCGUGCCCUAAGUAUGACAGGAAUGAACAACUGAGGCCAAAUGAAAAGUGGCGUGAAUGCUAUAAUGACUGUGACUGUCCGGGAGCUGAGAAGUGCUGCAGGAGAGGAUGUAUAUCUAUGUGCGCUCUGCCAGUCAAACCGGGACAAUGCCCGCGCUUUAACCAUUAUGAAAACGUGUGGUGUCCACGUCAGCGUCAAUGCUCGAAUGACUUUGAAUGCCCCAGAGACUGGAAGUGCUGCAAAAAACGGUGUGGGCAAGUGUGCACCCCACCAUAUCAAAUGUAUUUUCGGGGUUGAUAUCUGUCAGAGAAAGUUGCAGGUGAAAAAGGGUGCGAAGACAAGAAACUCAGCAAGAGUUUCUUAAUUAAUCAACUUCAGUUACACAUUUGAUUACAGGUUUCAACAAAUCUAAAUCUUUAUAUAUUCACUCCGUCUUCAAAUAAUGGUCAGGUGACUGUUUCUGCGACUGUCUGAAUCCCUUCUUUAUCAGCAAAUAAAAAGAAUCGA